CACCAGGCUUAAUUUUGUUUGGUUCUCCGCCGAGGCAACACUCACAGGCUAAGUCGCGCGCGCGCUCCUGUUAAUUUUUUUCGGCCUCUCGAUUUUAUUUGGUUUUUCUUUUCGUUUUUGCGUUUUUCCUCUUGCGCAUAUUUUCUUUUUGGAAUUUUUGUUUCAAGUUAUCUACGAGUUUUCCGGAUAUUUUUUCACUUCCAAGUAAAGUUCUGUUUUGUUUCCUUUUUUCGCGUGUUUCGCUGCAUGUUUGUGAAAUUUGGCGCUUAUUUGCUGAAAUUUGGAACAUCGAUUUGCUGCCAAUCGGAAGUAGCUGGCAGCUGGCCAAGAGGAAGUCAGUCUGGUGGAAAACGCGGAGUUUGAACUGCUUCUGGUUUAUUUCGCAAGCGAGCACAUGAGAGGAAAAGUGUGCCACCGAAUGUGAUAUAUGGAUCCGAAAGUAUCCGACAAAGUGUCUUGAAAAGUAAUAUUUUACAAACCAGUGGUCUGAAAAUACUGUGUUAUGUAAAGCCAUUUUUGUGUACAACACGCUCCGGAAAAGUUGGCUACAAACGGUGGAAAAGCAGAACCAGAAGAAAAUUUACACACACACACACGGGCGAAGAAAUAAGUGCAAAUAUUUUAUUUAGAGGUGCAGAAAAUAUUUCGCGUGCGCGACCCUAAAAAUAGCCAAAUUUAUUACUUUUGUUUGAAGCGUGUUUAUUAUUGUAGAUAACGAGCACUUCACCGGAAGCUGCAAGUGAAAUUUAUUGCUCCAAACGUCGCGCGCCAUCUCCGCGGGGAUAGAAACAGACGGAACUAGAGAACGUGAAUACCAUCACCAUCAGUAUUACUAUAAUAUAAGUUCAGAACGACCGACGACGACGACGACGACGAACCCCUGAACCAAAGGGUAGUUUUUAUCACGAGACACGUUUUAACCAACCAACCCCCCUGCAGUCAACUGAGCCAAAUCGAAACGGAUAAGAGACUACUUUUGUGCUUAUACACACACACAUACACUCACGCAUACAUACAAAAAACGCCAGCACUUUUUACAAGUGCCGAGAGGACUACUAAUAUAAGUAACUACUUCCACCACUACUACUACUAAGAGGAAGUGCCGGGAAGGCUUGUGGCAUGAUGACGAACGGAAUCGCGGAAACUCAGCAGCAAAACGGGGGCAGCCAGGAGGACUCCAAGACCAACCUCAUCGUCAAUUACCUGCCCCAGCAGAUGACCCAGGAGGAGAUCCGGUCGCUGUUUUCCAGCAUCGGCGAGGUCGAGAGCUGCAAGCUCAUUCGGGACAAAGUUACGGGUCAAAGCCUUGGCUAUGGCUUCGUCAACUAUCAGCGGGCGGAGGACGCAAGCAAAGCCAUCAAUACACUGAACGGCCUACGGCUGCAAAAUAAGCAGAUUAAGGUAUCAUUUGCACGACCAAGUUCCGAAGCAAUAAAGGGAGCGAACCUGUACGUGUCCGGGCUGCCGAAGAACAUGCUCCAGUCGGACCUGGAGUCGCUGUUCAGUCCGUACGGGCGCAUCAUUACCUCCCGCAUAUUGUGUGACAAUAUUACAGCACGUCAGUAUGCUUCCGCGUCCGGAGAAGUGUCCCCCGGUCUUUCCAAGGGCGUCGGCUUCAUCCGGUUUGACCAGCGCACCGAGGCGGAGAAGGCAAUCAAGGAGCUGAACGGUACCAUUCCGAAGGGGUCCACCGAGCCGAUCACGGUCAAGUUCGCCAACAAUCCGAGCAACACCAAGACGGUGCCCCCGCUGGCGGCCUACCUGGGACCGCAGGCGGCGCGACGGUUCGCCGGUCCGAUGCACCACCCGACGGGACGAUUCAGUGCUAUUCCCAAUUACAGAUACUCGCCGCUGGCCGGGGACCUGCUGGCCAACUCGAUGAUUCCGACUAACGCCAUCGCGAAUGGGUCCGGCUGGUGCAUCUUUGUGUACAACCUCGCGCCGGAAACGGAGGAGAACGUCCUGUGGCAGUUGUUCGGCCCGUUCGGCGCCGUGCAGUCGGUGAAGGUCAUUAAGGACCUGCAGACAAACAAGUGCAAGGGCUUCGGCUUCGUCACGAUGACCAACUACGACGAAGCGGUCGUAGCGAUUCAAUCCCUCAACGGGUACACCCUCGGAAACCGGGUCCUGCAGGUCAGCUUUAAAACCAACAAGUCGAAGAACGCGUAAAGUGGGUCCAACCGAAUCCCUCCCUCGCUCCCACUACAAGCAGUUUAACACCGGACAACGUCGCGUAGCAAACGAGACCGAUUUGUUUUUUGUUGUCGUCUUCAUUUUAAAUUAAUUACAACUCGAGCAGCCGCUAUCACAUCGAAUCAGUUUCGACCACGAGAACGACAACCACCUGGGUUUUGAGUUUUAGGGUUAGCAAUAUAUAUGAAGCAGUAUUCCGUACUCGACGCUGAACAGAUCGAAAAAGAACAGAAGGGCAUCAUCAAACACGAAACAAUGCAUUGUGGCCAACGACAAGGUGUAGGACGAUAUUGAUGUGUCUAUAAUUCCAAAAAGAAGAAGAAUAAGUGUUGAACACGUGCUCACUCAGAGGCUCCAACUUUUGAUAGGGAAAACAUUUUUAGACGAAUUUAACGCGAAUCUAACACGUUUGCGUGUGCAUGAACUCGUAGAGAAUUUUAUACAAAUACACGGUUGAGGUGAGAAAAUGAGAUUUUUGCGAGGUACGACAGAGGAUGCGAGUAGGACGCAGGGGAGUGCUGUUCCAAUUUUUCUUGAGUUAGUUUCGAUAUUUUUGAGUUUGAGUUCAACUGGGUUUCGUUGGCUAGUUUCAGUUUGAUGAGUUCAUUUGCAAUUAUUUCUCAAUUCGUAUUGUAUAAUUAAUUUCAUUGAUAUGUUUUAGAGGAUUUUUUGUGCUUACGAGUAGGUUUUCAUUAGUUUUGAUUCAAGCGGAAUGUCUUAGUUUGAUUAGCAGUCUUGUUUUCUUAAUUUUGUUUACGAUAAGUUGAAUAAAACAAUAAAACAUUGAAUUUAUUCGUUUUAAGUUCGACAUCGAAAGAUGAAGCGAAAAUACCUGAGUUUAUCUAAGUCAGAGUAUGAUUCUAGUCCCCUCUGGUUACGAUUUAAGUAUGCCAUAUUUUAUCUUAUUCAAACUUAUGUAUCUUAUUUAUAUUAAUAGUGGUAUUUAUUAUUUAUCUCACAGUGUAAAUUAUUCGUUAGCCUUAAUUAUUUCACCCUUAUCGCAUUAUAGUUUGUGGGUAGUUUUGUUUUAUGUUUUGUGCACUACACAGUGAGGCGAAAAAGAUGAACGAGUAAAGUCUACAGAUAAAAUCAACAAAAA